AUGAAAAAAUUAAGCUAUCCUAACUUCUCAUUAACUAUAACCCCUCCUAGCUCAAAGACUCCUCAAGUAAUUUCUUACAGAACUAAAUUUACACCUUUAGCACCAACUAUUCAACCUAGUUUUGCAGGUAGUUUUAAUACUAUAAAUACUUUGACUUCAGUUGUUCCUAUCAUAUCUCCUAUAACUCCUCCUGCUAUUUUUGAUUCACAUAGAGGUACUAGUAACAAUAAUUCUGCUAACUCUUCUGGCUCUCCACAUGAGGACAGUACCACUGGUACAACUAAUACUUCUAAAAGAGGAAGUAAAGAUAACAGAAGAGAUUUAAUUCAUGAACCAACCCGUCCUCAACUCCCAACAGUUUCUAAUGAACAACGUAGUUCCACACAUAAAAAAGAAAAAUCAAGAGAUAAGAGAAGUAGCCAAAACGUUAAAGAAAUUAGAUGUGAAUAUGAAUUCAAUGAAUUAAGAUCUGGUGAUACCUUUAAGAAAGUAAUGAAUAAAUUAACAUUAGAAAUAUUUAAAAAAUAUGGUUUAACUAAAAAAGACUCACCAAAAAUUCUCUUUGAAGCAGAUAGCAAUACAAGUAUUCUAUCAGCAGCAAAUAUUCAAAAUAAGUUGUAUAGCAAAAGUCAUGUCACAUUUUACAUUAUGACAGAACAAAAUAUUUAUUGCAUCUAUUUUUCACAGUUUGGUAGUAAAGCAAACGAUGAUGAAUGGAUGGACGAUGAAAAAUAUAGAAUUUAUUCUGUCUUCAAAAACUGUGAAUUUCAUUUACAAGAGUGGAAGAGAAAAGAGUAUGAAGACCCAGAUGAUGAUUCAAGUAAUAUACUUCAUGCCUAUGGAUUAUACACUCCAUUAAAUACUGAAAAAGAAGUUAUUCAAACAUAUUGUGGAAUUGUAGUUAAUAAAGAUAAAAGCAUGUAUUGGGACGAGAAUUUUGAUGAUUAUUAUGAAUGCCCAGAAACUAACAAACCAUUCUUUAAUGAAGAAGAUGAUAGUAGAGAAGAGAACGUACAGAGACUUAUCAUUACCCAAUGGAAAUAA